AUGACAAAUAAUCAUAAUCAUCAUAAAGUAAUAACAAUAGCAGUGGUAUUUGUAAUUCUAUCAUUGUUUGUGAUUGAAUCAAAUUGUGCACUUCCACAACUCAAAGUGGAUAAAGUAGUGGCUGGUAUCGAUUCCGCAUACAUUACCUACAACCUUAUAGAUUGUAUUGAUCAGGGAUCUAUUGUACCUUUGGCUUUUUUAGACCAUGUAAUGAUGAAUUGCACACCCAUGGCUACACCAGACACUCUUAGAUGUACUGGUCUUCCACCCUCCAAUACAUCACAAUAUCAGUUGAAAAUCAAUUGUACCGUUGGUGAGGAAACAAUGGAAAAGGUCCAUUGGUUUCCAAUCUCUACUUUUGGUAUCUUUCAAACACCCGUUGCAAAUGUAUCCCAAUUCCAAGGUGAUGCUUCAACAGCCAAUGCUACUUGGUCAAUUAUAGGAGGUAAUCCAAUAUUGACAACCUAUGAUUUAUAUAUUGAUGAUAAAGUAUAUCUCUCAAAUACCAAUAUUAGUCAUCUACUCAUCAAUCAUACAAUGACAAGUUACAAUGGUGUUCACAAUUUUACUUUUAUUGCCAAUUGUGAUGGUUACAAAUCUGAGAAACAAAACCUUACAACUGGUGCUGCAACCUUUUAUAUAUAUCAAGAUAUAACAAUUAAUGUUACUGUUUAUGAUAUUGGAUCAAGAUCAGCAUCAUUUAAAUUGGUUAAUAUUUCUGGAGCUGAUAAUGGAACUGUUUUUCAUUAUUACCUUAACAAUGGAACUCGUUUAUGUGAAGGUUUGCGUUCAAAUGAAUCGUGUAUUGUAUCGAACCAAUUCGAACCCAACACAUUGAAUCAAGUCUAUGCAGUCGGUACCAUAGCUGAUAUACAUCAAAAAUCAAAUCCAUCAUCCCGUCUCAACUUUACAACAACACCCAAUAAUGUCAACAUUACAACUCUCUCAGCAUAUCAACAUGAUAAUUCUCAAUUCACUGUUGAAUAUGAUUCAGUUUCAAAUCAAAUCAACAAUCAACCAAACUACACCAUCUUUGUAAAUGAUACACUUAUUUGUAAAGAUGAAACAAAUCUCAAACUAUGUAAUGUUAGUUUGACUGAUCAAACAUUGAUCUCUCAACAUACCAUUCGUUUGGUAGUUAGAUCACUUCCAGAUUCAAUUGCUCAACUUACCAUUCCAUCAUUUAAUACUUGGAAAGCACCUGUAAUUGAAAAUAUAACAGCAACUGUUAAUCAAAAUGGUCAAUUAAAGUUGGAUUGGAAUAGUCUCUAUGGUAAUCCAAAUGUAUCAACUACAUUUAAUGUAUCACUUGUCACAGCUGAUAAUAAUUCAACAACAAUUAAUAAUAAUGAUAUUUGUCAAGAUAUUCAAAAUCAAACAUGUACUAUCAACAAUGUAACAGACACCAUUCACACUGUCAGAGUGAUUCCAAUCAAUUCAAAUUUCACCACCUCAACAACUAUAUUUGAAUCAUCACUCAACUUUACAUUAUGUUCUACAACUCAAAACACUACCAAUACUACUACUACUAUUACUACUACUGGAUUGUUAUGUUUUGGUCAUGGUACCUGUGGUAAUGGUACAUUGGGAUGUACUUGUGAUCAAGGUUAUGAAGGUUCAGUUUGUGACCAAAAGAUCACUGACCCACCAACCAACAAACCAAUUGUCCAAGAACCACAACUUGGUUUGGCUUUUAAUCUAAUCACCUCCUCUACAUCUUACACCUUAUUUGUGAUGAUUGGAUUAACAUUAUCACAAUCUACUUAUAUUAAUGUAAGGGAUAUUGGAUCACAUUCAGCUUUAUUUGAAUUGGUUGAUUUACCUAUAUUAAAUGGAGAUGGUACACAGACAAAUACGGUUAUAUCAUAUUAUCUAAAUCAAGUAAAGAUUCAAAGUAAUUUCAUUUCACCAGGUGCACAAUCAUCAUUUAAUGCUACAAAGUGUUUUGUUGAAGGUUUAUCAUCGAACACACUUUAUACAAUCAAAGCAAAUGGUAGCAGGCAACAAGAUCCAAAUCAAUCAACAACCAUCUUUACAACGGUCGAUACCAACUUUACAACUUUUACCGAUGUCAACUUUACAAGUAUCAUGGCAUUUCAAUUGAAUGAUUCUACAUUUGCUGUUGAAUAUACAUCUAAUGGAGGUAAUAGUAAUAGUAUACCACGCUAUACAGUCUUGGUAAAUGAUACUGUGUAUUGUAAAGAUAAUCCAACCCAAUAUCGUAUUAUCCCAUUUUUGACCAACAGUCAAUCAAUUUAUACAUUGGACUCACAAUUACAUAAUAUUAAGUUGAUAGUUGUAUCUAAACCAGAUUCAAAGAUCAACAAACUAUUCAAUAUCAAACUGUUAAAGAAUCUUACAGCAAUAGUUGGUAUUGAUAGAAAGCUAACAGUUGAAUGGGAUCUAUUGGGUAUGGAUAAUCAUGGAACAAACAAUACUACUCCUUCUCCUCUAAUAUCUUGGGAUGUAUCGAUUUCAAGUUACGAACAAUCAUUUAUGAGUAUUUGUCAAGGUAUUGAACAACGUACAUGUACAACUACAUUCGAUCUGACAGGUAACACACACCGAUUCAAUAUUACACCGAAUGUCAGUUUGACAUAUCCAGCACUUUCACUUAUAACCAACCAGAUCAAUCUAAGCAUGUGUAGAACCAAUCAAUCUAUAAAUAAUGGUACCUUUUGUUCUGGCAAUGGUAUUUGUAAAGUAGACUAUAUUGAUCAACAACCAAUGUUUUGUCUCAACUGUGGUAGAUGUCAAUGUAAUCAUUGUUAUGAAGGUCUUUUAUGUAAUAUCACUGCAUUAGUCUCUUCAUCACCCUUGUCUAUCAAUCCAUCAUCAUCAUUAUUAUUAUUUAUUAAACAAAUUAUUAAAUAA